AUGGCCGCGGGGCGGGAGCGCGGCGGCACGGCGGCCGCAGCGGGCCGGAGCACAGCGCAGGGGCGGCCGCAGCGAGGGCGGGCACGGCGAAGGCGGGAGCGGGAAGUGAGAUCACAGCCUCGCCGGCACAGGAAAUGCGAGGCAGGAAGCACGACACGGGAAGGGGAGCGGGCGAGCAGCGAGCGCGGCAUGGCGUGCGGACAGAUGGCGGCCAAGAGGAAGCGUGGAGCGCCGGCCGCGGGGAAGGCGAAGCGCGCCAGGAGCGCCCCGGGCGCGGGCGAGGCGGUGCCGGAGGGCGGCCCGCCGCAGGAACACAGCGGCCCGCCGCAGGAAUACAGCAUCCCGCCGCCCGUGUCCCAGGGCAAAUGGAAAAACAAGGAGCGAGUGCUGAUAUUCUCCUCUCGUGGAAUUAAUUUCAGAACAAGACAUCUAAUGCAGGACUUAAGGACAUUGAUGCCUCACUCUAAAGCAGAUACAAAAAUGGACCGUAAAGACCAGUUAUUUGUAAUAAAUGAGGUGUGUGAAAUGAAAAACUGCAAUAAAUGCAUCUUUUUUGAAGCCAAAAAGAAACAGGAUCUCUACAUGUGGCUUUCAAACACACCACAGGGACCAUCUGCUAAAUUCUUGGUGCAGAAUGUUCACACACUGGCUGAAUUGAAGAUGACAGGAAAUUGCCUAAGGGGUUCAAGACCCCUUUUGUCUUUUGAUCCAAUAUUUGACCAGGAGCCACACUAUGCCCUGCUAAAAGAAUUGUUUAUUCAGAUAUUUAGUACACCACAGUACCACCCCAAAAGCCAGCCUUUUGUCGAUCAUGUUUUCACCUUCAGCGUCACUGAUGAAAGGAUCUGGUUUCGCAAUUACCAGAUAAUAGAAGAAGAUGCAUCUCUAGUAGAAAUUGGGCCUCGUUUUGUCUUGAACCUCAUAAAAAUCUUCCAAGGCAGCUUUGGAGGACCAACUCUGUAUGAAAAUCCUCAUUACCAGUCCCCAAAUAUGCAUCGCCGGCUGAUAAGAUUGUCAGUUGCAGCUAAGUUUAGAGAGAAGCAGCAAGUAAAAGAAGUGCAAAAGAUUAAGAAAAAAGGGACUAAGGUCCUUGUUGAAGAAGAUCCUACCGAAGUGGUCUUUGAAACGCCAGCUGAAGAGAAGCCAGUGGAAAUACAGCUUGUGAAACCAGAGUCGAAGCCAAUUGUUAAAGACAAGAAGAAGCUACGCAAAAUUCAGAGGAAGAAGCAAAAAAAGCUAUUUAGAACUGAAGGAUCUGCGUAAGUGUUACAAGGGAUGAAACUUCAUACAAUAUCAAGUGAAUAUUGUAAAUAUUUGAAUUUACAUUGUAUGGACAAACACGUCUGAACUUGUUUUUUAAGUAAACAAAAUAUACAUUUCUUUAUAAAGA